CCAGCUGGGCUGCUUGCUCCGACUCCUGCGGGCCAGCGGAACCCCAGCAACACCCUCGUGGACGAACUGGAGGCUUCUUUCGAGGCUUGCUUUGCUUCUCUUGUGAGUCAAGAUUAUGUGAAUGGUACAGACCAAGAAGAGAUUAGAACAGGUGUUGACCAAUGUAUCCAGAAGUUUUUAGAUGUUGCACGGCAGACAGAGUGCUUUUUUCUACAGAAAAGGUUACAGCUAUCUGUCCAGAAACCAGAACAGGUAAUUAAAGAAGAUGUUUCUGAACUGAGAAAUGAAUUGCAGAGGAAAGAAGCACUGAUCCAGAAGCACUUGGGUAAACUGCGACACUGGCAGCAGGUUUUGGAAGACAUCAAUAUGCAGCACAAAAAACCUGUUGAAAUGCCUCAAGGACCUUUAGCGUAUUUAGAGCAGGCUUCAGCUAAUAUACCUGCACCACUUAAGCAAACAUGAAUAAAAAUAUACUUUGAAUGGUGAAAUGACUUUUGCUAGACCAAGGAGUGUGGUUUUAAAAAGCUUUGUACUGUCUGAUGUAAUUUUUAUAGAUAUUUUUUAAAUGAUGUGAAGAUGCAUAAAAUGAGAACACCAUCUGCCUUUAUUCGGGUUUAUUGUAUUUAUAUUAAUCAUUUCAGCCAACCAAAGCAUGAUAAUGCAAACUGAAAACAAAAUUUUCUGCUUUGUGAUAUUAAAAAUGUUUUGUUGAAAAAGCAGGAAGGAACUUUUUCUCUGUUACAUGGGUUUCUCUUUACUGUAGUACUGAAUAAGCAAGAUUUAAAAGAAAAAGUCACAUGUGUUCCACAGAUGUUGAUUGAUCUGUGGAACAAAAUAUUGGCUGAGAUUCAAAGGGCUACUUCAGAAUGCACAUCAGAGCCUGAGUACCUUAGUCAAAUUCUUGGCCUUUUGAGUAUUAGACCUGUUUCCUGGUAAGUUACUUUUUUUAAAAAAGUGAGUUCGUCAGGAACAUAAAGGGAUGGGGACUGUGGUGAAAAGCAAGCAAGCAUUUGAAUGUGGCUAAAGUAGACCUUUGGAUUUCUGCAAAUAUUUUGUUCGAAACCAUGUUUUAGCACUUUUCUUCUGCUUCUACUACCCUUGAUGGUCUAAGACACUGAAUAAAGAGCUCUAUAGAGUACACCCUCCAAUAGUCUCUCUCCCUCAGAUCCCAAUGCCAGACUUUUCCACUUUCUUCAUAUUUAUUUUUUCCUCUGUCAAGCCUUUUUUUGUCUUGCUCUGGGUAACAUGUUGCUCAUAAUUGUUUCAGCUUAGCUGUUCAAAAUUCUUGUUAUAUAAUGAUAGAACAGAAAAUAUCCAUGAGAAAUAUGUAGCUAACUUGGAUUGCUUUUAUUUUCUGUCAUUUUCUGCGUAUUGCAAACUACUUUCUGAAUACUUUAAAACAACAAAUAUUUAAUAAUGCAUCAAUAAAUCAAUGUCUGUUUAUGUGCUAUCAAGUCACUUCCAACUUAUGGUAAUCUUAAUAGUAUUUUUCAGGUGUGUGAGAUGGACAAAGAAUGGUUUAUUACUGCCAGCCCCCCCCCCAAGUUUCUGUAGACAAAAUGGGGAUUUGAACCCACAUCUCCCAAAUCGUAGUCUGACACUUUUAUCUGCACAGCAUGGGCUGUCAAUGUCUUAUCUAACUUUUUUAAAUGUUAUCAACAAGUGGGCUGUUAGUAGAGCUAAUUUUUAUUAUCAUGUGAUAGCAAAUUGGUUUUAAAUACACAGAAACCUUUGGCAUGUUUUAUUCCCUUGACACACAGACUUUUUCUUUCUUCAAGUACAUUGUUUCGUUGCAAAUAUUAACAAAAAUCUGGCAUUCAAAGAAUUUCCUAACCUUGCAAUGUGUAGUGUGAAUAAGUGAAAGGAUACAUUGAAGGAGAGAUACCUAUCAUUUCAAUAAUUAAAGGGAGAAGGGCAGUUUAUGGUGGUAUGAAGAGCCAUGAGGAGGAUGUUACUUGGGAUUUCUUCCAUAUGUCAGCAUAUAAUAUUAAAAUAUUACAUGUGACACUGAA